AUGGCUUCUUCAAUAAAGAAAGUUUGCAAUUCUGUUAUCACAAAGUUGCUUGAAACUCAUAAUUUCGAUUCAAACACGGAAAAAAAUGAUUUUAUACAUUGUGACAAGGCCACCAUUUAUUUACUUUAUCAAUGCCUCAAAGAUUUAUCUCACGUAGCUUCUGAAGAAAUUCCCAUGAUUUUAGUAAAGGCAACUUCCUUGGUUGAUUACGCCGUAGAAAAGCUACACGCAUAUCCAUACAAAGAUGUGCCGAUUUCUUGGAGGCGGUUACAUACCGACGCCAGUCUACUAAAAAGUGUGUGUGAAAUUUUUUUAGUACUAAAUGUCAAGGAUAAAAAUUCUUGGAAUCAAGUUAUAAAAACUUUAGAUAUGGCUUUAGUAAUGACUGGUGCACCUGGGAAUAAUAGGAAAGAAAUGCUUUUUAAUCUUAUUGAAGAAACUGAGAAAAUUCUGAGAGAACUUGAACAAAUAAAUGAUCAUUCGACCAUUCAAAUCACUUCACUUAAACGUACUAUAGAUGGCAAUUCUAUAAAAAAUAUACCUCAUAAAAGGUCCAAAGCUAAAGUAACUAAAGUCCAUAGCAUUCCAAUGAUAAAUAAUCCGUUGUCCAAAAUAUCACAACCUAGUUUAACUACAUUCGCAUCGCAUGUUACGUCAACAAACCCUACUCCUUUCAUAAUUUACUCCUGUAUAUCGCAUUGGCCCGCACUUUCGACAAGGCCCUGGAGUAAUCUCGAUUAUCUUUUAAAUAUAAUUGGAAAAGAACGAAUUGUCCCCGUGGAAAUUGGUGCUAAGUAUACUGAUGAAACAUGGACACAAAGAUUAAUGAAUUUUGGUGAAUUUAUUGAAAAUUGG